AUGUUCCGCUUUAUGCAGGCCUUGAUAUUCGCGAUUGAAGAGAUAAACAGAAGUCCUGUUCUCCUUCCCAAUCUUACACUGGGUUACAGGAUUUAUGAUUCUUGCAGUCUUCCUCGCUUCUCAGUGAAAGCGGCUUUCGAACUGAUGAACGGAGAGAUCGCAAAUUCCACGCAGAACUCCUGUCCCUCGCGCUCACUCGUUCCUGCCAUCGUGGCAGAAUCGGGAUCUUCACAGUCGCUGGCAGUGGCGGCGUCAAUAGGUCCUUUCAAAGUCCCCAUGGUCAGUUAUUUCUCCACGUGUGCCUGCCUCAGCAACCGACAAAAAUUCCCCUCAUUUUUUCGAACAAUCCCAAGCGACCAUUUUCAAACUAAAGCGUUGGCUCAACUUGUCAAGCGGUUUGGAUGGACUUGGAUUGGAACGGUGAGAAGCGACAACGAUUACGGAAACUUUGGGAUGCAGGCCUUCACUGAAAUGGUUCAGCAGUUUGGGAUAUGCAUUGCCUUCUCCGAGUCCUUCCACAGGACGUAUUCGAGAGAAAGGUUACUUCGUGUUAUCCAUGUUAUUCGGACAGCCUCCACAAAAGUUGUAGUAGCCUUUCUCGCUCAAGGGGACAUGCCUAUUUUAUUGAAAGAAAUAGUUCGACAAAAUAUUUCUGGCAUCCAGUGGGUGGGCAGUGAGGCGUGGAUCGCCACUUCGUUUCUACCUCCAGAGGAGAACAAAAUGUUCCUUACUGGGGCCAUCGGAGUCGCUGUACCUUACGUCAAUAUUCCGGGAUUCAAAGACUUCCUAAUGGAUCUUCAUCCAUCUGCCUAUCCCGGCAAUCUUCUGGUUGAAGAAUUUUGGGAAAAGACAUUCGGCUGCAGUCUGAAAAGAAUAGAUAACAACACAGUGAGCGCAACGGCCAUCCCUCAGCCUCGUGAAUGUUCAGGAGCGGAAAGCCUAAAGACUGUGUCUAACACCUAUACAGAAACAUCUCAACUCAGAGUGACCAACAAAGUUUAUGAGGCUACUUACGCUAUAGCACAUGCACUUCACAAUAUGUUUUCGUGUAAAAACGGUGAAGGUCCAUUUGUCAAUCAGUCCUGCGCAAGUGUUUCAGAUUUUCAGCCGUGGCAGGUUUUGCAUUACAUGCAAACGCUAAAUUUCACAACUAAGGUCGGGGAAAGGGUCAGUUUCGACGAGAACGGAGAUUCGGUGGCAACGUACGAUAUUGUGAACUGGCAGGUGAAUAGCGAGGGGAAUGCCGCGGUUUUGAUAGUUGGACAUUAUGACGGAUCCGCUCCUUCAGAAGAACAGAUCAUAAUAAAAGAAGAAUCUAUUGUUUGGUCUGGUGGUCGCAGAGAGGUCCCCAUGGCUGUUUGUUCCAACAGCUGUUCCACUGGAACAAGAAAAGCAGCUCGCAAAGGACAGCCUAUUUGUUGCUUUGAUUGCAUUCCUUGCGAGCAAGGGGCGAUCAGUAACACAACAGAUUCAAUUAAGUGCAAGAUGUGCCCGACCGAUUUCUGGCCCAAUGACCGGCAAGACCAGUGUAUACAGAAGCAGAUUGACUUUCUCUCAUUUUCCGAGGUCAUGGGGAUCGUUCUCACCACACUGGCGAUGAGCGGAAUUUGCAUCUCUGCCACGAUAGGUGUCAUUUUCUUGAUUCACAAAGACACUCCGAUCGUGAAGGCUAACAAUUCGGAGCUCAGUUUCCUUCUGCUCCUCGCACUGAGCCUCUGUUUUCUCUGUUCAAUCGCAUUCAUUGGAGAACCGACUGCAUGGUCCUGCAUGUUACGCCACACCGUGUUUGGCGCUACUUUCGUUCUCUGCAUCUCCUGUGUUUUGGGCAAGACGAUUGUUGUGGUGAUGGCAUUUCAGGCAAAACUACCCAGUAAUAAGGUAGCCAAGUGGUUUGGUCCCCUCCAACAACGCCUGACUGUGUUUCUUCUUACUCUGCUACAAUGCUUAAUAUGUAGCAUCUGGCUAAUCCAAUCGCCACCUCUCCCUGUCAAAAACAUGUCCUAUUUCAACGAGGUGAUCCUUCUGGAAUGUGAUGUGGGAUCCGAAGUCGCAUUUUACUGCGUCCUGGGUUAUAUUGGCUGCCUGUCAAUGGUUUGUUUUGUCGUUGCAUUUAUGGCACGAAAUUUGCCGGACAAUUUCAACGAGGCGAAAUACAUCACAUUUAGCAUGUUAAUUUUCUGCGCUGUUUGGAUAUCUUUCAUUCCAGCUUAUGUAAGUUCUCCCGGGAAAUUCGCUGUGGCCGUGGAAGUGUUUGCCAUUUUGGCUUCCAGCUUUGGUUUACUUUUCUGCAUCUUUGCGCCUAAAUGUUACAUCAUAUUGUUAAAGCCGGAGAGAAAUACUAAGAAACAUUUGAUGGGGAAAGUGCCUUCAUGA